CGGCCAUAAUUGAUUCUCUUUUUGCAAGAAUUUCCCACAGACGGCGCCAAUUGUUUUGACUAGAAAUUAACUAAUCAAAAGCUAUUUAAUGAAGAGGGAAUCAAGCAAAAAGAAUCGGCUAUGGAUUAAUAAAGAGGUAUGAAUGAAAUGAAUAUAUUGAAUAGAUUAAACAAUGGGUUUGGAAUAAGAAUUCGAACAUAUGUGAUAGUGGAUAUCUACUGAUUGUGAAUACAAUUAAUGGCUUGAUCAAAAGUGAUCGUGAGUGAUCUUCCUCUGUAUUACAAGAGUUGAGCAAAAAGUAAUCUGUGUAAAUCUUCCACUUAAGGACUCUAUUUAUUCUAAAAUGUCAUACCCACGUGCAACAACCUUCCACCGAAAUAGGUGGCUUCCCCUAUUAGCUCGUCCACUUCAGUUAGUAUCCGUUUACUUCGUUCUUAUCUUCAAUGCCUUGGAUUAUUGACCAAGUCAUUCUGCCAGAACAUUGAAUUGAGUAUUCUCCCAAUGGACUUCAUGUGCUAAUCUCUUUAAAUAACCAGGCCCAGCAACUAACCCAUUCGCGUGACUAUUUUCUUGGGCCCAACAGAGUCUCAAUUCAGUACCACGCAUGGAGUAGUGGGUACGUACCUCACAUUCUGAAUGACCCAAUUAAUUCAAUCUCCCAUUACACAUAUAAUAAUAAUUUAAUAAAUGUGUACGUGUGUGUAUAUUGUAUACAUUUAUACUUUUACGGCAUGAAUUGCUGAAUUUAAUUCAAGCAUGGAGAAUAUUAUAUUACUGAAUAUAUGGAGAACGGGGUAUUGAAGUCAUUUGAGAGAAUAAAGAAGAUAUCAGAAACAGCCGAUAUUGAAUAUAGGCAUUAAAAGCAGCAAACUUUUAUCAGUGCCACACACUUUGAAUUGCUUUUUAACUUUGCUUUUGUUCAAGCUGUACUGUAACAGGCCGGCCAUCCAGCAGCAGGUAGGUAAAUGCAUCUAUCCAUCCCCUGCCCUUACAGAUCCUUUCCUUAGCUUUGUAUAUUAGUAUCACAACUCUCAUUCUAUUUCCCCCUCUUCUCCCUCUGCUUUAGAAAAAGAAAAAAAGGAUGCAAUGUUCAAAAGAAGCAAUUGCAAGGCUGUUCUACAAUGCCUCAGCCUCAUUUCAACUUUUCAUGCUCUUCUCAUAUCUCUCCUUUAUUCUUCUUGUUACCAUCCUUCACUUUCUUGGUGGUGACCUGUUUUAUGGAAGGGCUGCAUAUGAUGAGUUCAUUGACACAUACUCUGAUGAUGAAGAAAAAGUAGUGGAAGAUGAAGUUGAGUAUGAUGAGUUCAUUACCUACCAUGGUACCCCUGUUAGUGUAUCAGCAAGACAACAUCAUCAUAUCCAGAAUCAUCAUCUGCAACAUAGUAGAAGCUUCCAAGAUUGUCAUAAUGAUGAUGAUGGUGAUGAUGAUGAUGAUGUGGCUCCCAAAGAAGAGGGAGAUGAUGAAGUAGUAGAGGAAAUCAAAAGUGUUGUCAAUGAAGAACCACCCUGCAGCAUUUGGACCUCAUCAUCACCAUCAGCCAUGGAGACUAAUGUUACUAGUCAUGGAGAAGUGGCUGAUGAUGAAGAGAAUAUUCCAAGUAGGGACAAUCAUAUUGGUUAUUCUAAAACAAGUGUUCACCGCCUGGACAUGUCACGUGAGAAUAAUAAAGCUCGUAUAGAUAAUUUUCCCAAAGAGAUGAUGAGAAAAGAAAAGAGAGUGGAGGCAAAUGGUAUGAUUCAACCAGUGGAGGAGAAGUUGUUGCACGCGCCACCACCCAAGGUGGAGAGCAAGAGGUUGCACUUUCGAGAAGAAGAAAAACACGAAGAAGAUAUAUUUGGAGAUUCCUGCACCGUUGGAUCCACUUCAAAGAGCUCGUCGGAAUGGAGAAGCUCCAUCAAGGAUUCCUGCACCGAAGAUCCAUUUUCUUCAUCUUCCAGAAGAAGUUGCCCCAAGUGGGAGUCAUAUACUCUUUUCCAAAAGUAUGACGAAGAAAUGCUGUUUUUGGACAGGAUUAGUGCUCAAAAACUCCGUGAAACAGAAUCGCUUAGGAUAAGACUACAAUCAAAUAAUCCAAGAUCAGUAACAGAUAGGAUUGUACAUAAGUUUAGACGAAGAAAACGGGGACCGUUGGAUCCAUACAAUGAUCUAGAGGCAGCUUACGUGGCACAAAUAUGCUUGACAUGGGAAGCUCUGAAUUGGAAUUACAAGCAACUCCAGCGCCUACUGGAUUUGCGGCGGCGGCGGCCGGCGAAUGAACCGGAAGACCGGGGCUGCCCUGCCUACGUUGCUCAGCAAUUUCAGCAGUUUCAGGUUCUUCUCCAGAGGUACAUUGAGAAUGAACCAUUUGAACAUGGAAGGAGGCCUGAGGUUUAUGCUAGGGUGAGGGGCUCAUCCCCAAAGUUACUCCAAGUGCCUGAAUAUAGAGAUUCGGACGAGGAGAAAAGAGAAGAAGGAUUUUGUUCCAGGAUUCCUUCAGAUUCAUUCCUUCAAAUAAUGGAGGAAUCAAUCCGGACAUUCAUGAAUUUUCUCAAAGCAGACAAGGAGGGCCAUUAUUGUCAAAUGAUAGCAUCUUUUUUCAAGAAAAGCAAAAGCAGACCAGGCUCAGCUGAUCCACUCCUUCUUUUGAACCUCCAAAAAGUAAACAAAAAACGGAAAUUAAUAAAACCAAAGGGAAGGGGUAUGUCACUGCCACAUCCAACCUUUGAACGAUUGAAUGCUAAGGCUAUCUACCCAAAUUGUGUGUUUAAACAAAAUGAAAAUAAAAAAAGAAAGCUGAAAGAUAUGAAGCGGACGGGGAAGUUGCGCCUGAGAAAAAUAAAGUUAAAACAGAAGGACGAAAUGGAGAUUUUGAUGGCACAAAUAGACUUGAAAGUUGUUUGUAGAGUUUUGAGAAUGAAAGAGGUGAAUGGGGAUCAAUUGCAUUGGUGCAAGGAGAAGAUGAACAAAGUGAAGAUAAAAGAAGAUAAUGGGAUGCUCCAAAGAGAUUCUUCACCACUUUUCUUCCCCUCACACUGACCCACCCAUUUCAGCCUACAAAAUUUAAGAAAUCACAUAUUAUUCAUUUAUGGAGUCGUGGAUGACUAUAGAUUCAGAAUAGACAAUCCUUUUUAGUGAGACAGUCCCACAAAAAAAUGAUUGUUUGUAGUGAUAGAUGAUCAUCUAUAUAACUUCAUAAAGGAUUCAUAUAUGAUUCCAUAAAACUACUCUAGACUUAGAUGAUAGUUAUAGUAGAAUAUGUACAUUCAUUCAUGUUGUAAUUUAAAACUUUUAUUUAUAUGGUAAACACCCUACCAUGAGCCCUAUACUAUCACCAAUGUAAAUAUUGUGAACCAAAAUAUGAAGAUAUACCUUUUCCAAAA